AUUGACAUUUCUCAUUAAAAAAAAAAACAAGUUGUUGAUGUUUUUCCUUUAGAUUUUGAUCUGAUUUAUUCAUCAGAAAACCAUGAAGUGCUCAGUAGAAAAUUGUGAAAAUUCAUCUCGAGGAUCUAAAAAAAAGCCCGGAGUAUCUUUUCACUAUUUCCCCAUGGACAAGACGAUGGGUGUGCAGUGGUUGAGAGCCCUGGGCUGGAAGAAUCGUAUUGUGAGCUCCAAUACGAGGAUCUGCAGUGAUCACUUUGAAGAGUGCUACAAAGAUAGAUCAUUGGGAUUCAAAGUGCGCCUCCGCAAGGACGCAAUUCCGACUAUUUUUGAUUCCCGGGGAGAGGAAUCGGUUGAAGAGGAGACUUUUGGGGCACUUCCUGCAGAUAGUAUUGUUAUAGAUUACACCGAAGAGAUGGAGGAUGAAAGUGAAAAUGCAAAAAGUGACAAAGAUUGUGGAAAAGAAGAGUCCGAAGAGGAAAAUUCACAAGACUUCGAAGCAAUGUACAAAAAUCAGUGUCGCUUGGUUCAGGGACUCUAUCAGGAGCUCCAGAUGAGUGAGAAUGAGUGCGAUGGACUGCGAAAAGAACUCGAGGAGUUGGAGAUGAAAUUCUCCAAACUGCAGAACCUCAUGCAAUUGAUGACACCCUUUGAAAGGCUCAUAAUUGAAAAUGAGAUCUUCCCGGAAGGUCCCAGUGAUGAAAUUCACAAAUUUUCCAGCAGCUUGUACAAUAUUUCUCCCCUUGCCUACGAUUUUGUUCAGAAAUCACUGCUAACAUCGCUUCCGGACGUGGAAAAUCUUCCAGAAUUGGAAGAAUUGUAA